UGCCUAAGCAGCAGGUGGCGGAGGCAGCGGCUGCACGAGGAGAGGGCGGCGGAGGCGGCGGCGGCGGCAGCAGCGAGAGGGUUAACGCGUGGCGGCUGCAGGAGGCAGCGGCUGCUGGAGCCGAGAGGCGGCAGGAAGGGUUGAGCGAGGGUGCAGCCGUGGCGGCGGGCGGUGGGUUGCUAGGGAUGGAGAGCGCCCGUGUCACCCGGAUGUGAGUGUCAUGUUGGCCCAAACUCGAAGGGAUUUGCAAGCAGCAGCAGCAGAGAAGAAGACCCGGCGGCGGUAGCCCGAGCGAGCCCAAGCCCUUGCUUCUCGCCACUCUGCACCAGCACGGCCAUGGGGGCAGCCGGAUAGCGGGCAAGGCCAGGGGCAGGGGCUAAGGGGGAAGUGUCGGCACACACCUGGGCUUGGAGCGGCGGGGGAGGCAGCGCCCCCCGAGGAAGUGACCAUGAUGCCCCAACAGCAGCAGCAGCCCCCUGAUGAAGCAAGCUAUGCAAAUAGCACCAGAAUUCCUCUUCCUGGUGACGGACCAGCUCUCCUGUCAAACAGCUCAGCACCACCCAAGCUAUCUUGGCAAGCUGCAAUCGAUGCUGCUAGACAAGCCAAGGCUGCCCAAAGCAUGAGCGCCACAGCCCAACCUGUAGGAUCUCUGUCCCAAAGAAAACGCCAGCAAUAUGCCAAGAGCAAAAAACAGGGUAAUACGUCCAACAGUCGGCCAGCUCGUGCCCUUUUCUGUUUAUCCCUCAAUAACCCAAUCCGAAGAGCCUGCAUUAGUAUAGUAGAAUGGAAACCAUUUGACAUAUUUAUAUUACUGGCUAUUUUUGCCAAUUGUGUGGCCUUAGCUGUUUACAUCCCAUUCCCAGAAGAUGAUUCUAAUUCAACUAACCAUAACUUGGAAAAAGUAGAAUAUGCCUUCCUGAUAAUUUUUACAAUUGAAACAUUUUUGAAGAUUAUAGCAUAUGGAUUAUUAUUACAUCCCAACGCGUAUGUUAGAAAUGGAUGGAAUUUACUGGAUUUUGUAAUAGUAAUUGUAGGGUUGUUUAGUGUCAUUUUGGAACAAUUAACCAAAGAAGCAGAAGGAGGUACCCAUUCAGGUGGUAAAUCAGGUGGCUUUGAUGUAAAAGCCCUAAGAGCCUUUCGUGUGUUGCGACCUCUGCGGCUUGUAUCAGGAGUGCCCAGUUUACAGGUUGUCCUGAACUCCAUUAUAAAAGCCAUGGUUCCCUUGCUCCAUAUUGCCCUUUUGGUAUUAUUUGUAAUCAUAAUCUAUGCUAUUAUAGGAUUGGAACUUUUUAUUGGAAAAAUGCACAAAUCAUGUUAUUUUGAUGAUGCAGAUAUAUUAGCUGAAGAUGAUCCUGCACCUUGUGCAUUCUCAGGGAGUGGACGUCAGUGUAGCAUGAAUGGCACUGAAUGUAAGAGUGGUUGGGUUGGACCCAAUGGAGGCAUAACCAACUUUGACAACUUUGCCUUUGCGAUGUUAACAGUGUUCCAGUGUAUAACCAUGGAAGGUUGGACUGAUGUGCUGUAUUGGGUUAAUGAUGCAAUAGGAUGUGAAUGGCCAUGGAUCUAUUUUGUUAGUCUUAUCAUUCUUGGCUCAUUUUUCGUACUUAACCUGGUUCUUGGUGUACUUAGUGGGGAGUUUUCCAAGGAAAGAGAAAAAGCCAAGGCCAGGGGAGAUUUUCAGAAGCUGCGUGAAAAGCAGCAGCUUGAAGAAGAUCUCAAAGGCUAUUUGGAUUGGAUUACCCAGGCCGAAGAUAUUGACCCGGAGAAUGAAGAGGAUGGUGAUGAAGAAGGAAAACGAAAUACAAGCAUGCAAGCAAGUGAAACUGAAUCUGUGAAUACUGAAAAUGUUGGUGGAGAUGGAGAGGGCCAUGUGUGCUGUGGAGCUCUGUGUCAAGUUAUCUCAAAAUCCAGGUUCAGUCGACGUUGGCGCCGAUGGAACCGAUUCAAUCGCAGAAGGUGUAGAGCAGCAGUAAAAUCAGUCUCAUUUUAUUGGUUAGUUAUCGUAUUGGUGUUCCUGAACACAUUAACCAUCUCUUCUGAGCAUUACAACCAACCUGAUUGGUUGACCCAAAUACAAGAUAUUGCAAACAAAGUUCUGUUGGCUUUAUUCACCUGUGAAAUGUUAGUGAAGAUGUACAGUCUGGGCCUGCAGUCCUACUUUGUGUCCCUUUUCAAUCGUUUUGAUUGCUUCGUGGUAUGUGGUGGCAUUAUUGAAACCAUCUUGGUGGAGUUGGAAAUUAUGUCUCCUCUUGGAAUUUCAGUGUUCCGUUGUGUUCGUCUUCUCCGUAUUUUUAAAGUGACCAGGCACUGGACAUCCCUGAGCAACUUGGUAGCAUCCUUGUUAAACUCAAUGAAGUCCAUUGCUUCACUGUUGCUUCUGCUUUUCCUCUUCAUCAUAAUCUUCUCAUUGCUUGGAAUGCAGCUGUUUGGAGGCAAAUUUAAUUUUGAUGAAACUCAAACAAAACGGAGCACCUUCGAUAAUUUUCCACAAGCUCUUUUAACUGUAUUCCAGAUUCUAACAGGUGAAGACUGGAAUGCUGUUAUGUAUGAUGGCAUUAUGGCAUAUGGUGGCCCAUCAUCAUCAGGAAUGGUAGUCUGUAUAUACUUCAUUAUUCUCUUCAUCUGUGGUAACUAUAUCUUGUUAAAUGUCUUCUUGGCCAUUGCUGUUGAUAACCUGGCUGAUGCUGAAAGUCUGAACACAGCUCAGAAAGAAGAAGCAGAGGAAAAGGAGAGGAAAAAGAAUGCCAGAAAAGAGAGUUUGGAGACUAAAAAGGGAGACAAAACAGAAAGUGAACAAAAGAAGGCCAAGGAUAUUAAGGUUACAAUUAAUGAAUAUGGAGAGGGAGAAGAAGACAAAGAUCCUUAUCCACCUUGUGAUGUUCCAGUAGGUGAAGAUGAGGAGGAGGAGGAGGAAGAAGAAGAGCCAGAAGUGCCAGCUGGUCCUCGACCCCGAAGAAUAUCUGAGCUUAAUAUGAAGGAGAAGAUGACACCAAUUCCUGAAGGGAGCUCCUUCUUUAUUUUCAGCCAUACAAAUCCAAUUCGAGUGGGAUGCCACAGGCUAAUCAACCAUCACAUUUUUACCAACCUCAUUCUAAUCUUCAUCAUGCUUAGCAGUGCCUCCCUUGCAGCUGAAGACCCUAUUCGCAGCCAUUCUUUUCGAAAUAAUAUACUUGGUUACUUUGACUAUGCUUUCACAGCCAUCUUUACUGUUGAAAUCCUGUUAAAGUUGACAGUGUUUGGAGCAUUCCUUCAUAAAGGGUCUUUCUGCCGGAAUUACUUUAACUUGCUGGACUUGUUGGUAGUGGGUGUUUCUCUUGUGUCAUUUGGCAUUCAAUCAAGCGCUAUUUCAGUUGUGAAGAUUCUGAGAGUUUUAAGAGUCUUAAGGCCCUUAAGGGCUAUAAACAGAGCAAAAGGACUUAAGCAUGUUGUUCAGUGUGUCUUUGUCGCUAUUCGAACUAUUGGUAACAUCAUGAUUGUCACAACUCUGCUGCAGUUCAUGUUUGCAUGUAUUGGUGUCCAGCUUUUUAAGGGUAAAUUCUAUCGAUGCACAGAUGAAGCAAAACAAAACCCUGAGGAGUGUCGGGGAAUAUUUAUUGUUUACAAAGAUGGAGAUGUUGAUAGUCCAAUGGUGAGGGAAAGAAUGUGGCAGAAUAGUGAUUUCAACUUUGACAAUGUGCUUGCUGCUAUGAUGGCUCUGUUUACUGUGUCCACUUUUGAAGGCUGGCCUGCGCUGCUAUAUAAAGCUAUAGACUCAAAUGGAGAGAACAUUGGCCCAGUUUAUAAUUACAGAGUGGAGAUCUCCAUUUUCUUCAUCAUUUAUAUCAUCAUUAUUGCUUUCUUCAUGAUGAACAUAUUUGUUGGUUUUGUCAUUGUUACAUUCCAAGAACAGGGAGAACAAGAAUACAAGAACUGUGAACUGGAUAAAAAUCAGCGUCAGUGUGUAGAAUAUGCUUUGAAAGCACGUCCUUUGCGUAGAUACAUUCCAAAAAAUCCUUACCAGUACAAAUUCUGGUAUGUGGUAAACUCUACUGGGUUUGAAUACAUCAUGUUUGUUCUCAUCAUGCUGAAUACACUUUGCUUGGCUAUGCAGCAUCACGGGCAGUCAAAACUUUUUAAUGAUGCAAUGGAUGUUCUGAAUAUGUUUUUUACUGCAGUGUUUACUGUUGAAAUGGUUUUGAAACUCAUUGCUUUUAAACCCAAGGGCUAUUUUAGUGAUGCCUGGAACUCGUUUGACUCCCUCGUCGUUCUUGGCAGCAUAGUAGACAUCGUUCUCAGUGAAGCUGAUCACUAUUUCACUGAUGCAUGGAACACUUUUGAUGCCUUAAUUGUUGUUGGUAGCGUCGUUGAUAUUGCUAUAACAGAAGUUAAUCCAAAGCCAACUGAAACUGUCACAACUGAUGAGUCUGGGAACAAUGAAGACAGUGCUAGAAUCUCCAUUACCUUUUUCCGUCUCUUCCGAGUAAUGCGUCUGGUGAAGCUCCUCAGCAGAGGUGAAGGAAUAAGAACAUUGUUGUGGACAUUUAUUAAGUCAUUUCAGGCUCUACCAUAUGUAGCUCUUUUGAUAGCCAUGUUGUUUUUCAUCUAUGCGGUUAUUGGAAUGCAGGUGUUUGGCAAAGUUGCUCUGCGGGAUGGUACUCAAAUUAACCGGAACAACAACUUUCAGACUUUCCCCCAAGCAGUGCUACUUCUUUUCCGGUGCGCGACAGGAGAGGCUUGGCAAGAAAUCAUGUUAGCUUGUAUGCCAGGAAAACUAUGUGAUGCAGAGUCUGAUUACAAUCCAGGAGAAGAAUAUACAUGUGGAAGCAACUUUGCCAUAAUUUAUUUCAUUACUUUCUAUAUGUUGUGUGCUUUUUUGAUUAUCAACCUCUUUGUGGCUGUCAUCAUGGACAACUUUGAUUAUCUGACACGCGAUUGGUCUAUUCUUGGUCCCCAUCACCUAGAUGAAUUUAAAAGAAUAUGGUCAGAAUAUGAUCCUGAAGCAAAGGGAAGGAUAAAACACCUUGAUGUUGUUACCUUGUUACGGCGCAUACAGCCCCCUCUGGGUUUUGGUAAAUUAUGUCCUCACAGAGUUGCAUGCAAGAGGUUGGUAGCCAUGAACAUGCCCCUAAACAGUGAUGGCACAGUCAUGUUUAAUGCUACUUUAUUUGCUUUAGUAAGAACAGCUCUGAAGAUUAAAACAGAAGGGAACUUAGAACAAGCAAAUGAAGAACUCAGAGCAGUUAUAAAGAAAAUCUGGAAGAAAACUAGUAUGAAACUCCUUGAUCAAGUUGUCCCUCCAGCUGGCGAUGAUGAGGUAACCGUGGGGAAGUUCUAUGCCACCUUCCUGAUACAGGACUACUUUAGGAAAUUCAAGAAACGGAAAGAACAAGGACUGGUGGGGAAACACCCUGCAAAGAACACAACAGUUGCACUACAGGCUGGACUAAGGACACUUCAUGAUAUUGGUCCUGAAAUUCGGCGAGCUAUAUCCUGUGAUUUGCAAGAAGAUGAACCCGAGCAAAAUCACCAUGAGGAAGAGGAAGUAUAUAAAAGAAAUGGUGCCCUGUUUGGAAAUCAUGUAAACCAUGUUCCCAAUGAUACAAGAGAGUCAUUUCAACAGAUCAACACCACGCACCGCCCGCUACAUGUCCAAAGACCAUCAGUUCCAUCUGCGAAUGAGACUACUGAGAAAAUUGUACAUUCUUCAGCAGGAAACUCUGUAUUCCAUAACCAUCAUACCCAUCAUAAUCAUCAUCACCAUAAUUCUAUAGGGAAGCACAUUCCAAAUUCAACUAAUGCUAACCUCAAUAAUGCCAACAUGUCCAAAGUGAUGAAUGGAAGACCUACAAACACUGGAAGUCAUGAGAAUAUGACUGAAACGGGACACCGCUCACAUUCCAGAAGUGAUCAUCAUGAAAAACGUAGAUCUUCCAAUCGCAGAGCUCGCUAUUAUGAAGCUUACAUUAGGUCAGAAUCAGGAGAUAGGCAUCUGCCCACAAUUUGCCGUGAAGAUCAUGAAGUUCGAGAUUACUAUAAUGAUGAUCACUACUUGGAUGAUCAGGAGUAUUUUAGUGGUGAAGAAUAUUAUGAAGAAGAGAGUAUGUUAUCAGGAAGCAGACAUAUACAUGACCAUCAUAGCAGAUAUUACUACAAUGAUUCAGAUUUUGAACGGCCAAAAGGUUACCAUCACCCAUAUGGCUUUUAUGAUGAUGAUGAGUCACAGAUGUGUUAUGAUUCAAAAAGACCUCCUAGGAGACGGUUGCUACCUCCAACACCAACACCAAAUCGCCGUUCUUCCUUUAAUUUUGAAUGCCUCCGCAGACAAGGCAGUCAAGAUGAAAUACCACUGUCCCCUAGUUUUCACCACCGCACUGCAUUACCUUUGCAUUUAAUGCAACAGCAGGUCAUGGCUGUUGCAGGAUUGGAUGCCACUAAAGCUCAUAGACAUUCCCCUAGUCGCUCAACACGUUCCUGGGCCACUCCACCAGCUACCCCACCCAACCGGGACCGUACUCCAUAUUAUACACCUCUUAUACAAGUUGACAGAGCAGAAUCUACAGAACACAUGAAUGGCAGUCUGCCUUCUUUGCAUAGGAGUUCCUGGUACACGGAUGACCCUGAUAUUGCCUAUCGGACAUUUACACCAGCUAAUUUGACUGUUCCGAGUGACUUUAGGCAUAAGCAUAGUGACAAACAGCGAAGUGCAGACAGUUUGGUAGAAGCGGUACUUAUUUCAGAGGGAUUAGGACGGUACGCAAAAGAUCCAAAGUUUGUUUCUGCUACAAAACAUGAGAUUGCAGAUGCUUGCGACAUGACUAUAGAUGAGAUGGAAAGUGCUGCAAGUAACCUUUUGAAUGGAAGCAUUAGCAAUGGGACCAAUGGUGACAUGUUCCCUAUUUUAAACAGACAAGAUUAUGAACUUCAGGACUUUGGUCCUGGUUAUAGUGAUGAAGAGCCUGAUACUGGUAAAUAUGAAGAAGACUUAGCUGAUGAAAUGAUAUGCAUUACAACCUUAUAGUAUUUAGCAAGAAAACAAUGGUGUGAUUUUAAAUAAACAAAAGUGCCUCCUAGUUUUCCAAGAUGUUAGGCACUAGUUGGAAUUAAUAAGGAAUCGAGCUUUGUACGGGUGAUGAUAUUACAUCACAAGGAAGCCAUACUUUUAUUUAUUAAGAAGUGUCUCUGGCACAGUGAAGCAGAUUCCAAGCAGCAGGUCACGAAGACUU